AUUGAAGAUUGCACCGAUAGUCGCAACAAUCAUAUAGUGACAGCUUCCUCUUCCUCACCAGAGAUAAGAUCAGUUUCUCGUUUCCACACUUCCCAAUUUCUAUUUUUAUUUCUUUUUUCCACUUCCAAACAAAUCUGUCACUGUCAUCAGCUCAAUUUCGUCUGUCUUCAUAUAAAUAUACAUAUACACAUCAAUAAACUAUAAUAAGCUCAAUCUUUAUUUUUGAUCAAACGUAACGAACGCUUGAACAACACUAACCAAAACCCAAUAAUUCUUAAAGAUGCAACGGAUUGCAAGAAUUGCUGCCCACCUCAAUCCUCCUAAUCUCCAGAUGGAGGAGAGUUGCGGUGUGAAUCGGGAGCAUUGCCGGGCUAAAGGAGGGGCGGCAGGGUUCAAGGUAGCUAUACUGGGAGCAGCAGGGGGGAUAGGACAGCCUUUGGCUAUGUUAAUGAAGAUGAAUCCAUUGGUUUCAGUUCUUCAUUUGUAUGAUGUUGUUAAUACUCCUGGAGUCACUGCUGAUAUCAGCCAUAUGGACACAGGUGCUGUGGUACGUGGCUUCUUAGGUCAGCAGCAAUUGGAGGAUGCUCUUACAGGGAUGGAUCUUGUGAUCAUUCCUGCUGGUGUUCCUAGAAAACCAGGAAUGACAAGAGAUGAUCUGUUCAACAUCAAUGCUGGAAUAGUUAGGAGCCUUUGUGAAGGAAUUGCUAAGUGCUGCCCACGAGCUAUUGUUAACAUUAUUAGUAAUCCUGUUAACUCUACAGUUCCAAUCACAGUAGAAGUUUUCAAAAAAUCUGGCACCUUUGACCCAAAACGAGUUUUAGGAGUGACAAUGCUUGACGUUGUCAGAGCCAAUACUUUUGUGGCAGAAGUUUUGGGCCUUGAUCCUAGGGAAGUUGAUGUUCCAGUUGUUGGGGGUCAUGCAGGGGUUACUAUUUUACCACUUCUAUCUCAGGUUAAACCUCCAUGCUCUUUCACCCAGAAAGAAAUCGACUACUUGACAGAUCGUAUUCAAAAUGGUGGAACAGAAGUUGUCGAGGCCAAAGCUGGAACUGGUUCUGCAACACUAUCUAUGGCAUAUGCAGCUGUUAAAUUUGCAGAUGCAUGCCUUCGGGGCAUGAGGGGAGAUGCAGGCGUUAUCCAAUGUGCAUAUGUGGCUUCUGAAGUAACCGAACUCCCUUUCUUUGCAUCCAAGGUACGGCUUGGACGUACUGGAAUUGAGGAAAUUUUUCCACUGGGCCCUCUCAAUGAGUAUGAAAGGACUGGAUUGGAGAAGGCAAAGACAGAGUUAGGAGCAAGCAUUCAGAAGGGGGUUUCCUUUGUCAGGAAAUGAUCCGGGGUGGCCGCCAACAAGGCUUCAUUGUGGUUUACUGCCACUUAUAGUUUCUUCUCACUGUAAUUCCUCAAGAUUCGAGUUCCCUUGAAUAAAAUGCUAGUGUCUUGUUUUGGCUGAUAGCAAGUAUUAAGCAAGUGUUUGAUUAAAAUGAGGGGUGCUCCUGUGAUAAUUAUGUAAUAAAUAGAAUAUACUAAUAAUCUAGGACCUUGAUUCA